UUAAAAAAAAAAAUGAAAGAUAAGAGUUUGAGUUAAGUAGACAUGGUGAUGCGUCAUCACCCAAAUCCAUUCAUACUGCCUAUUUGGCGCUAAUCCAAAUUCUGUGCCUAACUAACUCACAAACCUCUCUCUCUCUCUCUCUCUCUCUCUCUCUCUCUCUCUACUUAUACAUUACAAUCAUAAUAAUCAUCAACGUCUUCAUUUUCAGUUUUGACUCCGUUUCAAUCCUACUCAAUUCUACCCAAUCUAAUUCUACUACCCAUGAUCGCUCGGAGGCUAUGUCAGAGGUGGGCUACCGUCUCCGCCGCCCGCCGCUGCCUUUCUUCUUCCGUAUCUCGAGGUCCUCUGUCCCUGCAUACCCAUCUCUCUCACCACAAGCUCUGUCCUCCAGUUCUUCGGUUCUCUGAGCUCAGGAUUUCACAUUUUGUAAAGAGGAGUUGCUAUUCAACUCUUGAUGUGCCUGAUGUUAAAGCAGUUGGUGUAGUUGAAGUUCCAUUGGCACAGACUGGUGAAGGCAUUGCUGAAUGUGAACUCCUCAAAUGGUUUGUAAAAGAGGGGGAUCAAGUUGAAGAAUUUCAACCACUAUGUGAAGUUCAGAGUGACAAAGCAACCAUUGAAAUAACUAGUCGUUACGAAGGAAGAGUAGCUGAGAUGUUUUAUAAUCCAGGUGACAUUGUAAAGGUUGGAGAAACACUCUUAAAAAUGCUUGUUGAAGAUCUCUCAGUUCCAACACAGAAAAGUGAGGAUAUAAAGAGUGCUGAGUCUAUUCAGUGGAUAGAGUCUGAGCAGAACAAACAAAGUAUCGGUGGAGUUAUAUCUACACCGGCUGUUAGGGACCUUGCAAAGCAAUAUGACAUUAAUAUAAAUGAUGUUAUUGGCACUGGUAAAAAUGGCAGAGUGCUAAAAGAUGAUAUCCUCAAGUAUGCUGUAGAAAAGGGUCAGAUAGAAGAUUCAUCUGCCUCUUCAAGUUCUGAUUCUGAGCACACGUUGGGUGAAUCUGAAAGUCAUGCAGAUGCAGCAGAUGGAAUCGGACCAAACUACGAGGAUAAGAUAGUUACCCUGAGGGGAUUCCAACGUAAAAUGGUACAGUCUAUGAGCAUGGCAGCAAGAGUUCCUCAUUUCCAUUAUGUUGAAGAUAUAAAUUGUGAUGCACUUGUGAAGCUGAAAGACUCUUUCAAAUACAAUAACUCUGAUCUAAAAAUCAAGUACACUUUCCUUCCAAUAUUGAUAAAAUCACUUUCAUUGGCCUUGAGUAAGUAUCCUUCGGUGAAUAGUUGCUUUAUUGAGGACUCACUUGAAGUCAUUUUUAAAGGUUCCCACAACAUAGGAGUUGCUAUGGCUACACAAUACGGUCUAGUCGUGCCAAACAUAAAAAAUGUUCAGUCCCUUUCCAUCAUGGAGAUAACAAAGGAACUUUCUAGGUUACAACAACUAGCCACUGAUAACAAGCUUAGUCCAAAAGAUAUAUCUGGUGGAACAAUAACUUUGAGCAAUAUUGGUGCAAUUGGUGGAAAGUACGGCUCCCCUCUUCUUAACUUGCCAGAGGUUUGCAUCAUUGCUAUUGGAAGAAUUCAAAAGGUUCCACAGUUUGCUGAUGGUGGAAAUGUAUACCCUGCAUCAGUAAUGAUGGCUAAUAUAGGUGCAGAUCAUAGAGUACUGGAUGGAGCAACUGUGGCUAGAUUUUGCAACGAGUGGAAAAAGCUAAUUGAGAAUCCGGAGCUGCUUACAUUGUACUUAAGAUGAUUGAUAUAUAAACAAAAAACUGAAUUGGAAUAUAAAGUUCAAAUGAUAUCUAAUUUUAAUUUUAAUAAUAAAAUAAAAUUAAAAGUAAGUUUUUGCAAUGCAUAACAUGUGGCUUUUUUGAUAA